AUGGGAUAAUAUAUUUCUUAAUUAUGCAAAUAUUUUAAAAAAGAUGCUCUUUGCAAAGUUUAAUAAUAACCUACAGCCAUAUCUUUAUCAAUAAAAUAAAGAACUAUAAUUAAUAAUAAUUCAGAUGAGUAUGAUUCUGAUUUUGAAGAGAGAGUAACAAUUCAGAAAGAACCAGUUACAAUAAAAUCUUGGAAGAAAGGGGUAUUUUUAGGAUAAGGAUCAUUUGGGGUAGUAUAUUAAGGAUUCGAAUUAUAAACAGGAAGAGUAUUUGCAAUAAAAUAGAUCGAAAUUCUUCUUGUUGACAAAGAGUCUUUAAACUCAUUUUAUUAGGAAAUUUAGAUAUUGAGUUAAUUAAAACAUCCAAAUAUUGUUGAAUAUUAUGGUUGUUCAAAUGAUGGUACUCAUUUAAGUAUAUUUCUUGAAUAUGCUGGAGGUAAUUAUUAAAGAAUAGAAUUUAGGGGGAUCAAUUGCAUAGAUAUUAAAAAAAUUUGGUAAAUUGACUGAAAGUGUGAUCCAAAAAUAUACAAGAGACAUUCUAUAAGGUUUAAUCUAUUUACAUCAGAAAAAAAUUAUACAUAGAGAUAUCAAAGGUGCUAAUAUUAUAGUAGACACUAGAGGAGGAUGUAAAUUAGCUGAUUUUGGUUGUAGUUUGAUAGGAUAAUAAUCUUAUUCAUUAAAAGGAACUCCAAAUUGGAUGGCUCCUGAAGUAUUAAAUCAAUAAGAAAUUGGAAGAUACUCUGAUAUAUGGAGUUUGGGAUGUGUAGUUUUAGAAAUGUUAACUGCUACACCUCCUUGGGGACAUUUUGAUAGUCCUUUAUAGGCUUUAUUCUAAAUCUCUUCAAAGAAAUGCACUCCUUUAAUACCUAGCAAUAUUUCUGACAAUUUAAAAGAUUUUCUUGAUUGUUGUUUAUAAUAUGAACCUAAAUAAAGAAAAAGAGCUAAAGAACUAUUAAAUCAUCCUUUCAUUAAUAUUAAAUCCCCUAAAAAAUCCUUACAGAACAUCAAGGUAUAAUUAACAUAAAUUGAAGAAUUUAAAGUAGUCCCUCAAUAAAAUGUUGCAGUUGCUUAACCUUAAAAGGAAGAUUAAAAUUCAAAUUUUUCUGACAUUUCUUCUUUAUAAAUUAUUGAUGAAAAUUAAUAUUUUGAAUGA